CAAUGAACCCCACACUUUUCUCGAGCAUUACCGCGCCCUGUCUCAUUGUCUCUGCCCCUUAGAAACAAAAGCACUCCACCUCGCUUUACUUUUCACACUUCUCCAUCUCCUCAUUCUUCAUUCUACAUCUCAUCGUCAGCCCUUCUCUCCUCACCUCAUCCCGUCUCAUCUCUUCUCAUCUCUUUCAUAUCUUCUUAUCCCUCCACCAUGGAGCCUUCCAUAUCCACACCCUCCUCAUCUUCAUUCGCACCCCACCACCCAAGUCCUCUAGACCUCCCCGAGAUCCUCACCCGCAUCGGCCAGUUCCUUCCCCUCUGGUCCGGUGAAGGCUUCCAUCGCGAGUUCUCUCCUCUCCCUCUCCUCCGCUGCGCCCUCGUCUCCAAGCUCUGGCGCGCCUCUCUCCUUCCAACGCUCUGGUUCGUCUACGACGGCUUCCGCAUGCGCAACGUCCCCUCUUCCAUCCUCAUUCAGUACUCCCACCUCUUCCGCAUAAUCUCCAACACUGGCCCCUUCAAGGGCCCCUUCCACUGUCAGAAUCUCAUCGAACUCUCAACCGUCUACGGACAAGAAUGGUCCCGUGAACUCCUCAUCACUAACCUGGGUCUUAAGCGCCUCGUCUGGGGUGGACCAUAUUACCGUCGGAUCGAAACUCUGGAGCAGCAACAAGAAUGGCAACUCGAGCUCAAGGCGCUCAUGGGGCUUGAGAACCUGGAUGUGCUAAAGACGUCAGGGUUUAGUCUGGGAGAGGGAUUGUUUGUGAAGGUGCUGAGGAAUAACGCGAGUCGGCUGUCGAACCUGGCCCUGUCGACCGUCGAGGGCGUCACUUCGAUUGAGGGACUGGAAUUACCAUUCUUGACAGAGUUGCAUAUCACGUUCGGCGGCACCGAGAGUCCGGCACUGGUGGAUUUGGUCCGCUGUUGCCCUCGUCUGCAACGAUUGUCCCUCACAGGAUCCAGGACCCGCUCGCCCGCGCCCAGUCCCAUCCCUGGCGCGAAUCAUCAUCAUGUGAAUAACAGCAACCUGGGUAACAUCAUCACGAGUCUGUUGGGCAAUAACGACCACCGCAGCAAAGAGUUCCAGAUCGGUCGACUUGCCCAAAACAUUCGCGAAUGCUGCCCUGAACUUUCGGCGAUCAAGUUCUCCUCCAAUUACACCUCCGUCAUCCAGAGCCAAUGUUUCCUCCACGACUUUGAGUCUGCUGCGCUCGUGAAUGCCUGUCGACGACUCGAAGCCUUUUCUGCAGACAUGGUGACACUGGAUCAUGGAUUGACCGAAGCCCUGGUCAGUCAGCGUCACUCACUCAAGUCACUCACAUUCUCCUUCCACGAGUCGUCAGAAUCGGACCAGCAAACAGGGAUUGACAUGAUCAGGGAGGUGCACUGUGUUCGUCGGCUCAAGGCAUCGCUCGUGCGUCUCAGAGAACUGAACUUGUCAUGGGACAAGGACCUCGUUCAUGCAGCCAUCGAACCUUCGACCUCUUCGCCAGAGGGAUACCACCACCAUCAUCAUCAUCAUCAACAGGCGUCUAAUAUUCAGGACGAGGUCGCUGCGUUUUUGGAGGAGCCCUGGGUAUCGCUGGACAUGGACACCCUCAGUAUCAGCGGCAUGAUCGCUUCGGCUGUUUCAUCAUCCAAUGACACUAUGGCACAUGUCAGCAUGAAUCCUUCAUCGUCACUUUCAACAAAGAUCGGCUGGAGACUCGUCAGGCCCUCUACGGAUUCUCUCGACGCCUUUCAGCACCAGCGUCAGCUCCCAGGCAGCAACAGCAGGGUCAGCAGUGGUCAUGGUGACGGCGAGGUGAUGCAGAACCUUCUGUUACUCAAUAUUACCCCACUAACACAACUCAGGAACCUUACUCUGAAUCAUGCAGCCUACGAGAGGAUACCCUCAGAAGAGGAAGUUGCUUUUGCUACUGUUUCUGUCGCUUGAACCGAUUGAGCCGAAAAAAAUGUUGUGAACCGACAAAAAAGGAUAGGAAAGGGAGUCAUGAACAACAUACGAACAGCAGCACUACUUAGCAUUUGCCCAUACCAUAAUAAUAUGACACCAUUCAGCCGUAA